AUGUCUUCCAUAAAAUACCGCCAUCUGUCGCGGAAUUCUGCGCACCGACGGGCGCUCCUCCGCAACCUCGUCACAUCCCUCAUCGCGAAUGAAUCCAUAUCCACGACGUACGCCAAAGCAAAGGAGGCCCAGCGCCUUGCUGAAAAGAUGAUCACGCUGGGCAAGAAAAACACAAACGCGGCUCGCCAGCGUGCCAAGUCUAUAUUCUUUGAACCCGAUCGACACAUGGAGAAGCUGUUCGACACGCUGCGCAAACGCUACGAGCACCGACCGGGAGGCUACACGCGGCUCCUGCGCCAGGAGCCCGUCCGCGAAGACCAGGCGCCGUCGGCCAUCCUGAGUCUCGUCGACGGACCCAGGGACAUGCGGUUCAGCAUGACUGCCAAAGCGAUCGUGAGACAGCGCAAGGAGAACCUGCCGAUGCACGAACUUACCGCGGUCAACAUCCGCAAGGUCACGAGGUUCCGAGACGGGGGCGAAGAAGCCCUCGAGGAGGAGAUCAAGAGGUUAGAGACGGCCAUGGAGGAACAGAGUCUCGAGGAGAAAGAGGCCUUCGAGGAAGACGGCACCACGUACGAGUGGGUGAGGGGCGAGAAGAACAGGCGCACGGGCGUGAGGGCCGAAGAGAAGAAAGGUCCCGGAAGACUGAAGAGACAACCGGUCGGUGCGGAUAAGAUUGUCUGA